CUUAGAUCGUUCUGUCAGAGAGUUCGUAGUGCUCUUGAAUCUCACUUCAGUCCCCAUCCACACUCCCAUAGACAGACUCUAGAAACUUGUGCUUCGGAAAAAAGGAAAUCGCCCGCUCGAAAGAUGCCCAAGGAAAUGCCAUGCGAGCCGCGGGCGUCGAAGGGACUGCUACCGCCCGAAUGCUAUGAUCGCACCGGGAAAGUGGUGUAUUUUGAGAAUGCCGCUUCAAGAGUGCCGAAGGUGGAGGCCGCCCCCUGUGGCGUGCGCAGGGACAGGCCUGUGAAGCCCAAGGACGCGCAGGGCAAGCGCAUCCUGCCGCCGGGCACACGUCCGCCGGGACCUGUGCCAGGGGCUCUGGCUGCGGUGGCACGUCGCAUCGGCGGCAACAAGCCGACGCCCAGCCAGAAGCGGGUCGAGUCGGGCAAGGCCACGUUCUUCCACGUGCAGGGCCAGUCGUGGGAGUCGAAGGGCUUUGCCGAGCUCACGACGGAGGAGCUGGACCGGAUGCGGUCCCUGCGGCCCAAGACCGCCGACGAGAAGCGGUCGGAGCAGGCCCAGAGGCAGGACGAGCAGCGCUUCCAGACGGAGGAGACCGAGCGGAUGCGCAACUACUUUCACAGCAUCGACGAGCGGCGGCGCGAGAAGGAGCGCGAGCGCCAGCGGCAGCAGGACGUCGAGGCCGCCGACAUCGACGAGGAGCAGCGCGCGGAGGCGAAGCGCCUCCAGGUGCUGCACAAUUCGCUGAACGCCCGGUACGAGAGGGACGAACGGGUGCGGGAGGCCACCAAGGCCAUCUCGGAGGCCAAGUGCAGCGCCAUGUGGACGUCCCAGAUACAGGAGCGCCGCCUCCUGGACAGCAUCCAGCAGGCCUACGACGCCCAGCAGGCGCGCAAGAACCUCGAGUACAACAACAGCAAGUGGGGCACCGCCGAGCAGAAGGAUGCGGCCGACGAGAACAAGCGAAAGCAGUUCGGGGCGGACGUGCGCCAGCAAAUCCUCGACCGCCAGCAUAUGCGCUACGUGGCCCAGGACCGGCAGAAGCAGGAGGCCCGCGAGGUCCGUGCCGCCGUCGACGAGUACAAGAAGGCGGAGGCCCACAACAUCCUGAAGAUCUCGCAGGGCAAGCUGAACUACCGCGAGGAGCUGGACAAGUACAACAGGCUGCACCGCGAGUUCGUGCGCAUGAUGUGCCUGCAGGACCAGAGCGACGAGCAGCGCGCCCACGACUACCUCAUCCAGAAGGAGGCCAAGCUGCGGGAGGAGCGCGCCGAGAUGCAGGCCCACCAGGCCGAGGUGAAGCGCCAGCGCGACGCCCUCUUCAUCAUCCAGCAGAAGAUCCUCGACGCCAAGGACAACCACGACGAGAUGCGCUUCAUCGCCGAGCACGAGCGGCUCGAGCGCAAGUACCGCGAAACGGAGCGCCUGGCCGCCGAGAAGGAGCGCCGCAUCGCCGACGAGCUCCGCAAGGGCAACCUCGAGCAGAUGGAGCGCCUCAGCCAGAUGAAGGCCUGCUACUAUGCUCAGCGCGAGCGCGACACCAAGGAGAUGAUGAAGGACCGCGCCGAGGAGGAGGAGAAGCGCAAGCUGGAGGUCGAGGCGGACAAGGUCAAGCGCGAGAAGCUCCGCUCGGGCGUCGCCUGCCAGAUGGAGCAGCGCGAGAAGGCCCGUCGCCGCGAGCUGGAGAACGAGCGGCUCGAGUUCGAGAAGUCCCGUGCGGCGGAGGCCCAACGCCAGAUGGAGAUCGACACGGUCAUUGCCGUCAAGCUGGAUGAGCUGACCAAGCGCGGAUGUCUGCCAGGGCAGGCCCUCAGCACGCUGAAGGGUCGUGUGGCGAAUGCGGCCCACAAGAAGCUGGGAGCAGAGCUAUCUUAAGCACACACCACACACAUACAACACACACAACACACACCACACUCGUUUACACACAAAAGUCCUCUCCAUACACGCACUCUUACGAAGAUGACAAUGGCACUAAAACACACGCACACAGACAGAGCACACAUACAAAUGCAUAGAAAUGUAUGACAGAGAGAAUCCCACGAAUUAAAACUUGAAGCAUA